GCUCCGCAUUCCCUCAGUUUGGCUCCCAUUGGCUGGCAAAUGAGCAAUUCUCUGUUGUUCAUUCCAAACUGCAGGAAAGCCACACGGCGAUCAUCAAAAACGACAUCGUUAUUGAUGUCAUCAAGACUAUUCCAUCCAUCUCGGAAUCACACCCAAGUCCGUGGCUGCACGGCUCGAUCCGGGCGCACGGCGGCUUUAUUUACUAGUAAAGCAUGCUAGCCCCGCCAGCUAACUAGCCAGCGUCUCGUCUUCUCCCUUAUCUUCAUGGCUUUCCGCUGUUGAUUCUUCCAGGCUUGUGCUGGGGGCAGCGAGGCUAACACAUUAAUGCCAUCUGCCAGGAAUUCCGGCUAUAUUAUGAGCGGGGCGGGCUGCAAAGCAAACGGCGCCGUGUACCCCGCCUCGUCUGCAAUGUUGAACUCCGUGAAGAAGCCGAAGAUGGAGCAGAUUCAGGCCGACCAUGAGCUCUUCCUUCAGGCCUUCGAAAAGCCGACUCAGAUAUAUAGAUUUCUUCGCACUAGGAACUUGAUUGCACCCAUAUUUUUGCACAGGUCCCUCACUUUCAUGGCUCACAGAAAUGGUCGAUUAAAUGCCAAAAGGAAACCAUUCAAAGUGGAUAACAUGUUGCAGGCAGUAGAGAAGAUGAAGGGAGAGCAGGAAUCUCCCAGCUUGUCAUCACAUCUGCAGUUAACUUUCACUGGGUUCUUCCAUAAGGAUGAAAAGCCAUCUCAGAAUUCAGAAAAUGAACAAAAUUCUGUCUCUUUAGAGGUGCUACUUGUCAAAGUCUGCCAUAAAAAACGCAAGGAUGUUAGCUGUCCAAUUAAGCAAGUGCCUACAGGUAAAAAGCAGGUGCCUUUGAACCCCGAGAGCAACCAAACCAAGCUGGGCUCAUGUCCUUCCUUAGUGGUGUCCAGCAAUGAGUUUGAGCCCAGCAAUAGUCACAUGGUCAAGUCCUACUCGCUCCUCUUCAGGGUGUCCCGGACAGGGAGGAGGGAUGCAAAUGGCCUAGCUAACGGUGAAGCCAAUGAGAACAUUGAUGUGACAGAUACUCCAAGUAGAAAAAAGAGAAACUCGACCCAUAAAGAAGAGGGGGACGCUAUAGAGACAUAUGUGGCACAGAUGACAGUUUUUGAUAAAAAUAGGAGGUUGCAGCUGCUGGACGGGGAGUACGAGGUGUCAAUGCAGGGGAUGGAGGACAGUCCUGUGAGCAAGAAGCGAGCCACGUGGGAAACUAUUCUUGAUGGGAAGAGGCUGCCACCGUUUGAAACAUUUUCUCAGGGACCCACGUUGCAAUUUACUCUACGUUGGACAGGCGAGGCCAGUGGGAAGUCCACUGCCCCUGUAGCGAAACCUCUGGCUACUCGAAACUCUGACACCUCUGGACCCAUGGAGACCAGGACCAGCCACCAUAGGACGGCCCCAAUGACAGUAAAAGAGUCCAUUGGCACGGACAUCCACACUAGAAAAGAGCAUGUCCCAUAUGAGCCGCGCCAGAAACUAAGAAUAUUUUAUCAGUUCCUGUACAACAACAACACACGGCAGCAGACGGAGGCGAGAGAUGAUCUUCACUGUCCUUGGUGCACGCUGAAUUGCAGCAAGCUCUACAGUCUCCUUAAACACCUCAAACUCUCCCACUCACGCUUCAUCUUCAACUAUGUGCCUCACCCCAAAGGAGCAAGGAUAGACGUGUCCAUCAAUGAGUCUUAUGACGGCUCGUACGUUGGUAAUCCUCAGGACAUCCACAGCCAACCGGGCUUCGCCUUCAGUCGCAAUGGUCCGGUCAAGAGGACCGCCGUCACCCACAUACUGGUUUGCAGGCCCAAGCGGACUAAGCCGAGUCUGUCAGAGUUCCUAGAGUCCGAAGAUGGAGAGUUGGAGCAACAGAGGACCUAUGUCAGUGGACACAACCGCCUCUACUUCCACAGUGACAGCUGCAUGCCUCUGCGGCCCCAGGAGAUGGAAGUGGACAGCGAGGACGAAAGAGACCCCGAGUGGCUGCGAGAGAAGACCGCUACGCAACUGGAUGAGUUCACCGAUGUCAAUGAAGGCGAGAAAGAGGUUAUGAAGCUAUGGAACCUUCACGUCAUGCAGCACGGGUAUGUUGACACCAACUCCUCGCCUGCGCUCACAGACCACAACGUUAGCUUCAUAGCUGACAACCAGAUGAACCACGCCAUCAUGUUGUUUGUGGAGAGCUGCGGUGAGCACAUUGUCCGCCGCAACCUCUGUCGCAACUUUCUGCUGCACCUGGUCAGCAUGCACGACUUCAACCUGGUGGGCACGGCCACCAUCGACCGAGCCAUGGUGCGCCUCAAGCAGAUCCAGGAGGAGCACCCGGACACGGAGGAGCAGCAGGAGCUGACUCCGAUGGCGACGGGGGGGAGCUGUAACGGCAACACUUUGACCUCCAGCGCGGGGAAGCAGGGCAAGAGGACAAAAAGCGCUCUGACGGACUGAUGCAGGCUCAAUGCAUGGGACUAUUAGUCAGGAGAAAGUUUUUCUUCUGUUUCCUCCCUUUUCAAUAAACUUUCCAACCUUUUUGGUGCUUAGACAUGCGGUCAGCACAGCGCCUGACCCCAAACAGACCCAAUAUUACAAGGUAAACAAGUUUUUACAACUUGAAGUCAACCAAAUAUGGACAAAGUAUAAGUGAAUCGCUGAUGUCUUUUGGUGAGGGUAUGAACAGACUGAGGAUCUUGUAGUCGUGUGUUCUACCUGGAAGAAAGGCUCAGCAAAGCUACAGGUCAAACUGUACCGCUAAGAUAAAUUGUAUGCAUACAUGAUAACCCUUAGCUGAUUAUUUUAGCACUUGAUGUUUUGUAUUUAGAGAUUUUCCAUUUUUAAAGUCAACGCUGCGCCAAAUGUCUUGUCUAAGGCAGCAUUUCUUCCUUGGAGUUGUUUCUGUUUUGGGAUUUUACUGUUGGAAGUCUCAGGCAGUUUAGAGAAGAGACAUUGUAAAGAUUGUGUCUAGGCUCCAAAAUGAUUUUUAUUCUUAGUUUUUUUGCCGAUAGGCUCUCUGGACAGUAGUGAUCAAUUAUAUCCAGAGUUAACUUUUAGUCUCAGUGCAGUUUUUGCCAAAGGGUUAUUAUGAUCAGCAUAUUCAUUAGUGUAUUUCUUUUUUUUUGGAUUGUGAAUAUGAACUGACCAUGAUCAUGGUUUAUUACCAACCUCAAUCGUUAUAAUUUCCUCAUGUCAAGUCGGUCGUUUCUUACCUUUUUAUCUUAAAGGGAGACUUUCUCACCUUAUUUGAAACACCCUGUUGAGAAUUGUGAAAAAAAGUACUGUCUGGCUUUAGGGUUUUUAUAUUUAAAUAAAAACACAUCCAGCCUC